UGAUAUAUAUGCAGCUGAAACAUAUAAAGUUGCUAGUGAAGAACAUUCAAUAACAAUUAAACUUUUUUAUCAAUAUUUAUAUGAAGAAAAUACAUUUUAUAAUCAUGUAUCGAAAUAUUUAUCAUCACGAAUGCCUGAAAUUGAACAAAGAUUAGAAAAUGAUGAAUUAAUUCCAUCAUUUGGUUAUGAUCUUGCUAAACAUUGUUUAAAACGAAAUGAUACACUUAUUGCUUAUCCUAUUGAAAUAUUUGCUGAACUUAAUUUACAUGCUAUUGAUAGAGGAAGAACACUUUAUGAUCUUAAUUAUGAUCCACAUGUUCCAGCAAGUACACUUAAACAAUAUUUAAGAGAACUUCCUGAUUGUUUACUUACAAAUGCACUUUUAUCACAAUGGAAUGAUGUUAUUUCAAUCAGUGGUGAACAAGCUCGUCUACAACGAAUAGCUCAAUUAAUAAAUAAAUUACCUGAUAUAAAUUUUUAG